CUUUGUGAUCUGGCAGAGUGAUAAUAAAGGUCCCCGGGUCUCCGGUUGCGUAUUGUUGGACACGGAACUCCGGAUGAGCGCAGAAACUGGCAGUGAGAACCGGUUUAACUUUACCUAGACAAGACGAGACGAAACUUGUCCUCUCGCUGAACAGGUUGAGUGUCCGUCAUGAUCAUCCAUAGCGUAUAAGGUGAAGGUAAGAAGAAUCUGCUGCAUUCAUUGUUGUCAAACCACUUAGAUUUCACGACAGUAGCGUCUAAUGACCAAUUUUGUGACCUCGUCUAUGGCAGUACACAUUUUUCCAUUAGUGUUAAAGCUUUGUCGUGAGAUAUGUUGUUCUGAGGCGUUGAGUGGAUUAGAAACCUCACCGGCUAAUGACAGCCGUCUGGUGUCAUAAUACCAAAACAGACGUUGACAGCUCGUGCAAAAUACUUCCUCUUGUCGAGGUGCAAGUUAAAGGGGUGUGUGUGCAUGUGGCCGCAGGUGGCGCAAGAGGACCAUGGAGCCCGAUGUCAUCCGUCUGUACUCUUCCUCUCCCCCUCCACUGGAUGAGGCUGGAGAGGAAGAAGAGGAGGAUGAGUUUGGUGAUUUUGGUGAGUUCGGGGGUUUUGAUGGCGGAGGAGUGUCAUCCAGUUUCAGCUUCUCAGACAUCGACACGCCCACAACAUUCAACCAAUCAAACGCGCUGGAGGAAUCUCCACCUGACCUGUACAUCAAAUCUAUACAGAGUGUCGCUGUAUCAGGGAAGAGUGGAUGGGCUAACGAGAGAAAAAUGGUCGGAGGAUCAAUUAGCAGUGUCGAGAAAACAGAACAGGAAUUAUCUGAGAUGGUCACAAAUUUGGCGUCCUUCGAUCAGAAGGCGCUCUCUGCUGAACAUGGUCAGAACUCUCCCUCGAUACUUCCUGAUGUCCGAAUCAGCAGUUCAGGCGAUGGACACAUCCUCAGUAAUGGAUACAGUGAGUCUUGUGCAAAUUCAGAGCUGGACAGAGCUCUUUCCACCUGCUUACAAAGCACAGACACUGAAGUACACUCUGGACUGGACAUCAACGUAGCUGAUGUGUUAGACGGAAACCAGUUGAUCAACAAAACGAACAACCUGACUGAUUCAAACAAUCAUUCAUCCCAUAAAGAAGCAUCUGAACCUGGAGAGACGGAAGUGAGACUGGAGCAAUGUGGCGACUCCCAGUUGUUUAGUUGUAGAGAUGCACAAGAACCUGAAGGCGAGCAUAAACAAAUGGAGAACUUUGUUGUUUGUGGUCAACAUGACGGGUCUGUGGACUGUGAUGACAUAGCCGAAGCAGAGACGGCCCCCUCCAUGGAUGUAGAUCUAAUCUCUGACACACAGAUAAGUGGAGACACAAGGGAAAUUCAUGGAUCGUUUGCAAACACGGCCAACAAGGAUUUUGGCGAUUUCAGAGAUACAUCUCAGGGUUUCUCGGACUUCAGCCGGACUGAAUCUAUAACACAGGAAGGAUUUCCUGAAUUUGUCACAGCAAUGUCCAGGUGCUCCACGGAUGAUGAGUUUGGUGACACGGACACCCUGAAGGACUUCAAGGAGGACGAUGAGCUGGCUGAGGAAGCAGCGUGCGAUGAAGGAGCUUUUUGUUCUGAGUUGCCUCCCAGUGACAGUUUUGCCGACUUUAGUGCAGCUCCAUUUGGAGGAGUGGAGGAGUUGCAAGACAACUGGACUGCGUUUGGACCCAAUGAAGGCACAAAAGAGGAUCAGGAUUCAUGGGCCACUUUUGGGGAGGAACAGACUACUUACCUGGGUAAAGAAGAACUAGAUGUUGAGACUUCAACAGUACCCUCUAGUGGUGACCUCCAGGGUAGCACUGCUGAGUUCUGCUGCAAAUUACAGCAUCUCUUCAGAACCGCCUUCCCUUUAGACGUCCAUCCUGAGGUCAGCGGGGUCACUGAGGUCCUGCCCCUACACAAAUUCCUGCAGGCUCAGAAUCCUCAGGAGCAAAGGGCACAGGAAAAUUCAUUGGCCUUGUGGUGCCACCUUCAGGAGAUCCACAGCAGUCAUGGCCUUAAGUUCAAGUGGGCAGGUUCCCAUAGUAACAGAAUUCUUCUGGAUUGCCUAGGAAUCAGGAAUAUUUUGUUCACUGGAGACAACCAGCAGCCAGUGAUCGUGCCUAUGUUUGCUGCUGGACUGGGAAUGCUGGAACCCACCAAAGAGUCUCAAAAAUCUCCAGCCUCCCCUGCACUUUCCCCUUCUGUUUCUGUGGAGAGUGGAAAUAUUCUAUGCACUCAGGUGGCGUCCUCUUUGGCCAUUAGUAUUGACGAUGGUGGAAUCUCAGUGCUAAAUUUGGACUAUUUUGGGCCUGUGGAUGAAUGUAGCUCAGAUAGUGAAAAUGACACUCCACUACCAGGUGUUGAUCCAGAGAUAUAUGAACUGACUACAGCUAAAAUUGAGAACACCACUGGUCGCAACAUUGCAGAUGCAUUUACAAAACUCAUGGAGUCUAUGGAGAAAACCACAACAACAGCCAGGAGGCCAGAAAAAGUUGAAAAGAUAAGCGAGGAAGCAGCAAAGGUCAUCUCUCUUCUCCCUGACCUGUCCUUCAUGCAGGCCAGGGUUCUAAUGUUCCCCUCCAUUCUAACUCCGGCAGCCAAUCAUAUAUAACCAAA